AUGGGACGUUUAAGGCUACAAUCUAGUAUCAAUGCAAUUGAAGAGGAACCAGAAGAUUGUGGAAUUACCUCUUCCAGUGAGGCUGCUUUAGCUAGUAUGAUUAAUUCAGAAAUAGGUGCUGUAUUGGCAGUCAUGAGACAGAACGUGAGAUGGGGAGGUCGUUAUGUGUCGGGAGAUGAUCAAUUGGAAAACUCCCUCAUCCAGUCGCUGAAAGCACUGCGGAAGCAAAUAUUUUCAUGGCAACACCAGUGGCAAUCUGUCAAUCCUUCCUUGUAUCUCCAGCCAUUUCUGGAUGUGAUUCGGUCUGAUGAAACAAGUGCACCAAUUACUGGCAUUGCAUUGUCAUCUGUUUACAAGAUUUUGACUCUUGAUGUUCUGGAUCUAAACACUGUGGAUGUUGAAGAUGCUAUGCACUUGGUAGUUGAUGCUGUGACUAGCUGCAGAUUUGAGGUAACUGAUCCUGCAUCUGAAGAAGUUGUACUGAUGAAGAUACUUCAGGUUCUUUUGGCUUGCACGAAAAGUAAAGCAUCAGUUAUGUUGAGUAAUCAACAUGUUUGUACAAUUGUGAAUACAUGCUACCGUGCAGUUCAUCAAGCUGGAACUAAAAGUGAGUUGUUACAGCGGAUAGCUCGCCACACAAUGCAUGAACUUGUUAGGUGUAUUUUUUCACACCUUCAAAAUGUUGACAAUACGGAGAGGUCACUGGUGAAAGGAGGCAGUUCUAGUAAAAAUGAGGUUGCGAGAUUUGAUAAUGAUUACAGUUUCAGCAGCAAAUCAGAGAAUGGAAAUAGAACUUCUGAAUAUGAUGGGCUACCAUCUUCUGGAGUCUUUAACUCUACUUCCAGCAGUCUAGUUAGUGGAAUGAUGGAUGAAACAGUUGGGAUUGAUAAUGGGAAGGAUGCUGUUCCUUAUGAUUUGCAUUUACCGACAGAACCAUAUGGCAUCCCCUGCAUGGUUGAGAUAUUUCACUUCCUCUGUUCAUGGUUGAAUGUCGUUGAACAUGUAGGAAUGGGCCACAGAGCUAAUACUAUCUCAUUUGAUGAAGAUGUGCCACUUUUUGCCUUAGGUUUGAUCAAUUCAGCUAUUCAAUUGGGUGGCCCUGCCAUUCGCAAUCACCCUAGACUGCUGAGUUUGGUACAAGAUGAACUAUUCCGUAAUUUGAUGCAAUUUGGCCUUUCAAUGAGUCCGCUGAUCCUUUCAAUGGUCUGUAGCAUUGUUCUCAAUCUAUAUCAGCAUUUGAGAACCGAACUGAAGCUUCAGCUUGAAGCUUUCUUUUCCUGUGUGAUAUUGAGGCUUGCACAAAGUCGAUAUGGAGCUUCAUACGCGCAGCAGGAGGUAACAAUGGAAGCUCUUGUUGAUUUCUGUAGACAGAAAACCUUCAUGGCAGAGAUGUUUGCGAAUUUAGAUUGUGAUAUAACCUGCAGUAACGUGUUUGAAGAUCUUGCCAAUUUAUUGUCUAAGAGUGCAUUUCCAGAUAACGGCCCUUUGUCUUCUAUGCACAUUCUCCCUUUGGAUGGUCUGAUAGCUGUUAUUCAAGGAAUGGCUGAGAGGAUAGGCAAUGGAUCAAUUAAUUCAGAACUACCUCCAGUAAAUCUUGAGGAGUAUACUCCAUUUUGGAUGGUAAAGUGUGAGAACUAUGGUGAUCCUGAUCAUUGGGUUCCUUUUGUUCGUAAAAGGAAGUAUAUAAAAAGAAGGUUGAUGAUUGGCGCUGAUCACUUCAAUCGAGACCCUAAAAAGGGGCUUGAAUUUCUUCAAGGAACACACCUGUUACCUGAGAAGCUUGAUCCACAAAGUGUGGCUUGCUUUUUCAGGUAUACUGCUGGAUUAGAUAAAAAUCUUGUUGGAGAUUUUCUUGGAAAUCAUGAUGAAUUUUGCGUCCAGGUACUACAUGAAUUUGCUGGAACAUUUGAUUUCCAGGAUAUGAACCUGGAUACUGCAUUGAGGCUCUUCUUGGAGACUUUUCGACUGCCUGGAGAAUCUCAAAAGAUACAAAGAGUGCUUGAGGCUUUCGCAGAGAGAUAUUAUGAGCAAUCACCGCAGAUUUUAGCUAAUAAAGAUGUUGCAUUUGUGUUGUCUUAUUCGCUGAUAAUGCUUAACACCGACCAGCAUAAUGCACAGGUGAAGAAAAAGAUGACCGAAGAGGAUUUCAUCCGCAAUAAUAGGGACAUAAAUGGAGGUAAUGAUCUCCCUCGUGAGUUCCUGUCAGAGCUAUAUUACUCAAUCUGCAAGAAUGAGAUCCGCACAAUGCCUGAACAAGGUGCUGGUUUUGCUGAAAUGACUCCUAGCCGAUGGAUUGAUUUGAUGCACAAAUCAAAGAAAACUUCCCCGUACAUUGUUGCUGAUUCCAGAGCCUACCUUGACCAUGACAUGUUUGCCAUAAUGUCAGGUCCAACAAUUGCUGCUAUCUCAGUGGUAUUUGAUUAUGCAGAACAUGAGGAUGUUUACCAAACAUGUAUUGAUGGAUUCUUGGCGGUUGCAAAGAUUUCAGCAUGUCAUCAUCUUGAAGAUGUUUUGGAUGAUCUGGUAGUGUCUCUCUGUAAGUUCACUACACUCUUGAAUCCCUCAUCUGUUGAGGAACCUGUUCUAGCCUUUGGCGAUGAUGCAAAAGCAAGGAUGGCUACUGUCACUGUGUUCACUAUUGCAAACAGAUAUGGGGAUUUUAUCCGAACGGGCUGGAGAAAUAUUUUGGAUUGCAUCUUAAGAUUACACAAGCUUGGCCUACUUCCUGCUCGUGUGGCCAGUGAUGCAGCAGAUGACUCAGAGGUGUCAUCUGAACCUGGACAGGGGAAGCUUCUUACGAAUUCAUUAUCUUCUGCUCAUAUGCAAUCCAUUGGUACUCCUAGGCGAUCGUCUGGCCUGAUGGGCCGAUUCAGUCAGCUCCUAUCUCUGGAAACGGAAGAGCCAAGGUCUCAACCUACGGAACAACAACUUGCUGCUCAUCAACGCACACUUCAGACAAUUCAAAAGUGUCAUAUUGACAGUAUCUUCACAGAGAGUAAGUUCCUGCUAGCUGAUUCUUUAUUACAGCUUGCUCAGGCACUCAUAUGGGCUGCUGGGAGACCUCAAAAGGGUAAUAGCUCUCCCGAGGAUGAAGACACAGCUGUUUUCUGCUUGGAAUUGCUAAUUGCUAUUACACUGAAUAACCGAGAUAGGAUUGGACUUCUCUGGCAGGGCGUUUAUGAGCACAUUUCAAAUAUUGUUCAAUCAACUGUAGUGGCUUGUGCGCUAGUUGAGAAGGCUGUUUUUGGACUUCUUCGUAUUUGUCAGCGGCUGCUUCCCUAUAAAGAGAGCUUGGCUGAUAAACUUUUGAGAUCACUGCAAUUGGUUCUUAAGCUCGAUGGUCGCGUUGCUGACCAAUAUUGUGAGCAGAUCACUCAGGAGGUUAGUCGUCUCGUGAAAGCAAAUGCGACUCACAUUCGUUCCCAAACGGGAUGGCGAACUAUUGCUUCUUUACUUUCUUUUACUGCUAGACACCCGGAUGCUUCUGAACCAGGAUUUGAUGCCUUAUCAUUUAUCAUGACUGAUGGAGCCCACUUGUCGCCAGCUAAUUUUAUUCUUUGCAUAGAUGCAGCAAGGCAAUUCGCAGAGUCUCGUCUCGGACAGACUGAUCGAUCACUCCGAGCUGUGGAUCUCAUGGCAGGUUCUGUUGCUUGCUUAGGACAGUGGGCUCGAGAUGCUAGAGACGCUAUGGCCGAGGUCGAGGCUGUAAAAUUGUCUCAAGAUAUUGGAGAGAUGUGGCUGAGGCUUGUUCAGGGGUUGCGGAAAGUUUGUUUGGACCAGAGAGAAGAAGUACGGAACCAUGCUCUAGUAUCAUUGCAGAUGUGCUUAACAGGAGUCGAUGAGAUUCACCUUCCACUUGGCUUGUGGUCACAAUGUUUUGAAAUGGUCAUAUUCACAAUGCUUGAUGAUUUGGCUGAAAUUGCACAGGGAAAUUCUCAAACUCAAAAGGAGUAUCGAAACAUAGAAGGGACACUUGUCCUUGCCUUGAAACUCCUUGUAAAAGUGUUCUUACAUUUACUCCAUGAGCUAUCACCGUUGUCAAGCUUCUGCAAACUUUGGCGGAAUGUCAUUGGUCGAAUGGAAAAAUAUAUGAAGCUUAAAGUUAAAAGAAGCGAGAAGCUGCAAGAAUUAGUUCCCGAGCUUCUAAAGAACACCUUGCUUGUAAUGAAGACAAAUGGAGUGCUUGUACCUACCAGUACUCUAGGUGGAGAUAGCAUUUGGGAACAGACGUGGUUGCACGUGAAUAAAAUGUUUCCAUCAUUACAAUCUGAAAUAUUCCCUCAGGGUUCCGAGACUGUGCUGUCUAAUCCAGGCGACUUGGGUAGAAGUCCCGAAGAUACGGAGACAUGA